CCAGGUCGCCCUCUCACCCCCUCACAGGAGGAAGUGGAUACAGCUCUGUGAAACAUCAUCGGCUAGCAGCUGCGCUAACUGCCCUGAAGAUGGACACGCUAAUAUUGGAGCCCUCGCUGUACACUGUGAAAGCAGUCUUAAUUAUGGACAAUGAUGGAGAACGACUCUAUGCCAAGUAUUAUGAUGACACUUACCCUACAGUUAAAGAGCAAAAGGCCUUUGAGAAGAACAUCUUCAACAAGACACAUAGAACAGACAGUGAAAUUGCUUUGCUGGAAGGCCUUACAGUUGUGUACAAGAGCAACAUAGAUCUGUAUUUCUAUGUAAUUGGCAGUUCACAUGAAAAUGAGCUGAUGCUUAUGUCAGUGUUGAAUUGUCUGUUUGACUCCUUGAGUCAAAUGCUGAGGAAAAAUGUGGAAAAGAGAGCCUUACUUGAGAAUAUGGAGGGCCUUUUCUUAGCUGUCGAUGAGAUUGUAGAUGGAGGUGUCAUCCUGGAGAGUGACCCGCAGCAGGUGGUCCACAGAGUGGCUCUGAGGGGCGACGACGUGCCUCUGACAGAACAGACCGUCACUCAGGUGCUGCAGUCUGCAAAAGAGCAGAUCAAAUGGUCUUUACUACGAUAAGACGCUACUGCCCUCAAGAAGAACAUUGUAGCGCAUGUAUCACCACCUCUCCUGUCACUCAUGCCUCUUAACGCAUCUUCUUUUCACACUUUUGAGUAUUCUCUGUACUGUGAAAUUGAAAGUCCCUUGGAAAAAAAAAUUUCUAACAUUUCUCUUACUUCAAGACGAGACAGGCACUGAACACAUGGAGCCCUAAGGCAAUUACGCUGUUCUGUUUAUGACAGUUUGCUGAGUGGACUCUCUCUCUUUUUCUAUUCGUUCUGGAAAGUAAGUCAAGCCCAUACUGCAUGUAUGUCAACAGUGGAUAUAGCAAGGACCCAUUGUCAUGAGCCAGUUCUUUUUUCUGUAAUACAGGAAAAGAGAGAGACAGAGAAAAACUGGGGUGUUUUGUUUGGGAGGACUUGCCCUUUAAGGAAAAGUACCAGGGACUUUCUGAUUAUUCCAUUCCGGUUGACCUUGAAUGUGUGUUUGUGUGAGAUAUUCGUGCUGUACGCAAAACGCUGUGCGAAUAGAGAAUGUGAUUCAUGUACAUUCCAGUGGUCGAGUCUCCCCUCUCCCCUCCCAAAUCCAUGUUAUGAUUGAAAUAAAACCGACUGUUUCCUCUUUG